AGCCGCGCAGGAGGCGGGAGCCCGAGGAGCCGGCUCCCUCCGAGGUGCUGCUACAGCCCGGACGCCUGGAGCUGGGCGACGUGGAGGAGGAUCAAGUGGUGGCCGUGUUCGUGGUCACCUUCGACCCCCGCUCGGGAAACAUGGUGGAAUGGUGCUUACCUCAAGAUAUUGACCUGGAGGGUGUUGAGUUCAAGUCUAUGGCCAGUGGGUCUCAUAAAAUCCAGUCUGACUUCAUUUAUUUCCGAAAAGGGCCCUUCUUUGGCCUGGCCUGCUUUGCCAACAUGCCCGUGGAAAGCGAGCUGGAACGUGGCGCACGGAUGAAGUCUGUAGGCAUCCUCUCUCCUUCCUACACCCUGCUUUACCGGUACAUGCACUUCUUGGAGAACCAGGUUCGACACCAGCUGGAGAUGCCGGGACAUUACUCUCAUCUGGCUGCCUUCUAUGAGGACAAGAAGGGGGUGCUCCAUGCCGGGCCUGGCAGAGGCAGCAGCCUGCCCCCUGUCUACUGGCUGCCUUCCAUCCACCAAUACAUGUACCCUGAGAUGAAGAUCACACACCCAGCCGGCUGCAUGUCUCAGUUUAUUAAAUUCUUUGGAGAACAGAUCCUCAUCCUCUGGAAAUUUGCCUUACUUCGAAAGCGCAUUUUGAUAUUUUCUCCCCCACCUGUGGGCGUUGUGUGCUACCGAGUCUAUUGCUGCUGCUGCCUGGCCAACGUCUCGCUGCCCGGCAUCGGGGGCACCAUUCCUGAGUCCAAGCCUUUCUUCUACGUGAACGUGGCUGACAUCGAGAGCCUGGAGGUAGAGGUGUCCUAUGUGGCCUGCACCACAGAGAAGAUAUUUGAGGAGAAGCGGGAGCUGUACGAUGUCUAUGUGGAUAACCAGAACGUGAAGACACACCACGACCACCUGCAGCCAUUGCUGAAGAUCAACAGUGCUGACAGGGAGAAGUACCGGCGGCUCAACGAGCAGAGGCAAAUGCUGUUGUAUUCCCAGGAGGUAGGAGAAGACUGCAGCCCUUGCGAAGAGGACCUGUUUGUGCUGUUUUUCCUAGAACAGAACAAUCGGAUAUUUCAGACUUUGUUGGAGGUGUCUGCCAGCCAAGACAAAACUCUGACAGCAGAGCAUGCCCGAGGCAUGGGUCUGGACCCUCAAGGAGACCGGAGCUUUCUCAUGGACCUGCUGGAGGCCUAUGGCAUUGACGUCAUGUUGGUCAUUGACAACCCCUGUUGUCCAUAGGAAGGACACAGGGCUCUGGAACCGCUCACGUGGGAUGACAGCAGCCUAGAGUUCACCCCAGACCUCCAAAGGGCCUCAUUUCUUUCUUAAGUUGACACAAAGGAAUAUUGUUUAUACUUUACAACAAAUGUAAUUUUUGCAAUUUCCUUUCUGCUCUUUCUACCCAGAAGUAAGGUGAGACCACUCUGGCUUUGUGGUCUGCUUUGGCAUAGGACGUUCAGAUCUGCUACUUUCUCUGAGAGCUGCUUGUCCUUUAGCUUUGGUUUUAGGAGUUAAAUCACUCCCUGCUGCUAAGCCCUGGAAACAUGGGGAUCGACUGACUGUUCAGAAUGUCUGUCUGAACAGUCAUAUACCCCUUGGUAUAUGUACUCAAGAAUAAGACAACCGUCUAUCCAGUAUGGCCUUAGAUCUCCAUCCACAUGAAGGCAGGCACUAGAUCAGGUGAGCAGUCAAGGUUUUUAGCAGUUGUAGGAGUCAGUGUCUAGGAACCAGACCUCAGCUAGACCAGGUGAGCAGUCAGGGUUUUUAGUGGUAUAGGAGUCGGUAGUCUAGGGACCAGACCUUUUCUGUUGUUCGCUAAGAAAAGAACUAAGACUAAGGCAAUUCAGUCUUUGUUUACUUGAGCUGGGACCACAAAAGGACAAAAGGAUGUUUCUGAUACCAAAUAUGAGUGUCUCUUAAGGGUAGAAUGACAGAGAAAGGUUGCUUAUAAGUGAGCUGAAAACUAAAAUUGUAGAAUGAAGCCUUGGAACCUUUCUCACAGUAGUUUACUGGUGGCAACUCAGUGGAAUAUUCCUCUUUCAUGGAAGCCCUCCUCAGGAUGGGUUGGCCAGUUCCUUCAGGGCCAAUGCUAGCCUUGGAGCUUGCAGGCAAAUUCAUUUUACAAGUUAACCUCUCUUAAGGGUUAACCACCCUCUUGGAGUAAUUGGGGUAUUUUUAAAGGGCAGAAUUUGGGCUACCAAAAGGUAGACCAGUUGAGGUUCAAGCAGCAUGGAGAAGCCCUCAGUUUCUUCAUCUGGACUAGUUCUCUGGAGGCGCUGCCAGCCGGGCCGGUGGGCAACACAGAUUUCCUGGGUUCCGUAAUAUAUAAAACACUCUGGUUAACUCAGAGGUUGGAGUGUGAUGUUAAUCAUUACCCUGGAGCCAAACUUAACUUUUUUUUCGCAGAAGCAGCGUUCCUUAGGCUGAGCUAAUUGGUCCAGCGAUCUAACAGAUUUGUUGGAAAACUCGACAGUGCCUUCACGGAAGAAGUGUCAGGAAGCCCUGAGUGCCAUAGUGCACUUAUCUACCCUUUGAGGUGUUUGGUCUGGGACGGGUGCUCUUGCUACCUGCCUGUUCUCUUCAGCUGGCAUUUGAAGGAAGGCAGAGUGAGCGAGACAGGGACUAUCAGCCAGCCAGAAAGCUGUGAGUUGUGUUGAGGCCUUUGUUGCCAUUGUUGAGGUGACAACCCGAUACUAGUUUGUUGGUGACAGUUUCUUCCUUUUCAUCUUUCUGCCCAGUUAUUGGAGCACAUAUAGAUGUACCCAUGUCUCUGACCAAGCCCCCGCCAGGCUAAUGGUAGACAGCAGAGAGACAGCCUCCAAACAGAUGGGUCCCGUGUCUCACUUCAAGGUGAGGUUCAUAGGGCUUACUGCUGGAUUCGAGUAUGUUCGCUGUAUCUCCUUGAUAUGGAAUCCAAGACGGAAAUAAUUCAUGCGUAGACAUGCAAAUAGACAUUAAUUAAUCAAGGUGUAGUAUCUUUUAUGUAAAUAUAUAAAUAAGUUUGGGCAUUGAAAGGUAAACUAUACAACUAAUGAAUUUUUUCUCUUUUGUAGUGUGGGGUUAGCUAUCAUUUCAGUAAUAUAUUUGCUUACAAAAGAAAAAAAUCUGUGUUUAAGCCUGUAGCUUCCCCUGUUUGUCCCUUUAUGAGUGACCCUCUCCUCUUACUCCUCAAGGGGUAGGGUGGCUUCCUAACUUGAGUCAGGUGAUGGUUGCUUUUAGUCGGCCUGAGGCUCAGGGUAUCCUAAGUUGGGGGUGAGUGGUUAGAGACGGGAGUAGGGUGAAAGGCAAGGCCUGCUUCUCCUGGAGGGUACAGACAGACCCUUUUUGUCUGGUGCUGGGGAAUUUGCUGGAAGUAUGCUGUUGUAAACAUUUCUGCUCCAGAGCCCUCUGACUCCAAACCCUUUUGUUUCCUUGCUGUUUUAACUCCAAGUCUGAUGUAAAGAUAAGAGGGUGAAAAUGAGGGUCCUGUAUUUUUCUUUGGUGAAUCAGGACUUCUGGGUUUGUCCUCAUGUCAUACUUUUCUAGGCAGCUGUCUGGCAUUUCCAUGUGUCCACCCUCAUGGUCAUGCAGGGUACAGGUGGCCUGGGAGAGGAAUGUACCAGGGUGGCAGUGCCAUGUCUUAGGCCACAUGGCCUGGGCUUGGCUGACCUCAAAUCAGAGCUGCUCCCUUUAAGAGGGAACCCAAGGAGUCUACUCUACCUUGCCACCUUCUUCAUGGAGUCAUAAAUCGUGUGCAGAGCCUCUAGGUGGCUGAACAGCACACACAUCACCUCUUCGGUUACCUUAGUCACAGUCUAUCAUCCUCCAGGGUAUAUUUUGCGUGAUUUGUGAAGUUAUUUCCAUGGUCACCGUUUGAAGUCUUGCUCUGUCCCAACUCUCCUGCCCCAUGUUGGAAAUUAGCAGGUACAAGCCAGUGUCAUUUGCUGCCGGCUCUCUACAAGGGGAGUAUGUGAGGUUCUAAACACAGAUGCCUCCAAAGUGACACAGAAGCUGGGAGCCAUUGGACCUGCUUUUCUCUUACUCUUGAUAUAUUUUCUGAGAAAUCUUCUGCUUUUGUUGGGAAGAAGGUGGUGAAUGGUCAUUAUUAUUGCUGACCUCCUGGCACAGGGUUGGGAAGUAGGGUGGGGGUAGCCUCCUGCCCUUCUCUACUGUUGGGCCUCACCCCUCCCCUGCCGAUGUGGCUUAGUCCCGGGGAGCUGUCAGCCUGGCCUCAUGCCAUGCUGUGAACCAUGUGCUAACUUGGAGAUACUUGCUGACCUGUGAUGUUGGGGCUGCCCCAUCAUUCCUGAAUGAGUUAAGAUUCUCUAUGUGGACAAGAAUCUAGGUUUGGGUAAAAUAUGGUGGAAAGGCCUAUUAAAGAGGAUGUUUUCAGUUUUGUAGGCUCAGCUGAUGGUAAUACUCAGCCUUUGGGGAAAUGUCCUCUUUUGUCUUGGCUUAGAACUCUUGUUCCGCAUGGAGUCAGAAAUGGUAGGGCUCAUCUCCUACUGGACUUAAAAACAUGGGCCAAAAAUUGGUUUAGAAUUAGCCUUGAUUUUAGUUAAAUAUGAAGCAUUCCCCAAGCCUGGUGUAGAUCCAUUCCAGUGUUACUGUCCCUCCUGGGGCCUGUCCAGUCCUCAGUAAUUAUGAUUACAGUGAGAAGGUACUUGCCGCCCUUCCUCUGUCUGCCUCGGGGAGGGAAGUUGAAUUUACCAUGUAGCUAUAGGAAUAAUUUAACAUAGGAACUUGUAUUUAUAACUUGUUCCAUGUGAAAAUCAAGAUGGGAAAGUUAAGAGUAGCACACAGGUGCGGGUAAUUCCUGAUGUCACGUGUGAAGAUUCAUUUAUCAUGAAACUACCUAUGAUAUUUUAGCUAGAAGAUAAAUCAUAGUUACAUCACUGUUUUUCAUUCUGGUGUUUAUAAGGAUGGAUUUGCUAUCUGUCUAGAUACAUUGAAAGCCCUUCAGACACAAUAAAAAGAUAAAAUUAUCUUUAAACUGAUGCCUUUGGGGAACCUUGUGUAAAGAGCAGUAAUGAAUUAACCUAUUAGUGGUAGGACCUUAACCCUUCUAGAGGAGGUAAGGACCCCAGGCCGUUUCCCCCCCUUUGAAACUGCACAGCCCAGGGUAUGGACUGCCACACUUUCUGCAGCCUUCCUGCAGGUCCUCUCAGCUGCAGGACGGACAGGUGGGGCAGAUGAGUAAAAUUGUACGAUAAUCAGCUUGUCUUAGGGUAAUGACAGUUCUAAAAUGGGCAAGAAAAUUAAUGCAGGGACCCACAUGCAGGCAUGGGCUUAGCUCCCUGUUACGUCCCCAGCCGGCGGGCUUGAAAUCGGAAAUGUCCAGCCGCAUGAGGUGAGAAUCCCACAGAGCCAAAGGCUCCCCUCAGCAGGCCCAGCCGUGUCCCUUCUCACUUCAGGAAAACUCUUUUCUGAUUCAGGGUAGGGGAAGAGGAGUUGUUACGGGCUCCUUUUACUCCCAAGUCAUGGAUUUUUAAUAUUCCAUUUUUAUUACUAAUAUACCUCUGUUCCCAGGAGCUACUGGAGUGUUGCAUAUUAUGGGAAAAGGCUAACUGUGAAUUAAGUUAAUGUUUACUUAUAAGAAAUGGAAGUUUAUUUUUAUACCGAUAUUACUAUGUGAUGAACUGAGUAUGCAGAUACUGAAAUUUCAAAACUAUAAUCUGGGAAGAAAUGAGCAGCUUUGUAAUUUGGUAGCAGCCAAAACCCCAUAGAAGUUUUACUGUGUCAGUAUUUCAUAGAAUGAAUGAGGCAGCUGUGCUGUGAAAUCCUGACAGCACUUUUUAGGACAUGAACAUACAAACACGAACCUUAAGUAAAACUCUAGUAUAAAAUGGGGUAAGUGGGAUCGUUCUGAUUAUUAGGCCUCUUAGUCUACUAACUGGGAAUGCAUGGUGGUAGUGGGAGGUGGUUUUAUAACUGGCACUUUAAUUCAAUUUUGGAGCUGGAAUUUAGGGGCACUUGGAUGAAAUUGCAAAUUUAGAAAGGGAAUAAGAAUUUUCUAGUGCUAUGUAGAGCAAUGGUGAUGGAGAAAUAGAGCCUUGCUUUCAUCUUUUUAAGAAUUUAUUCUAGAAUUCCAGCGUAACACGGGAUUGUAGAGCUAAUGUGACCUAAACUGAGAAAGUCUAUUUAAUUAUAGUAAGGAAGGCACAAAUUGCUUACGUUUACUGUAGAAUGCUUACUUCGACUCCUAAUAAAUUUGCAUACUUGCUAAGGACAUUUGGGGAACGUGGGGAUAAGGCAAGGUGUUACAAAGUAGCCAGAGAUGCUCACACAAUAAAAAGUCCACACAGGAGUAACUGAGUUAGAUAGUUGCAAAUAUAUUUAAUUAGCAUUAGAGAGAAAAUUCCUUACUUUGGGUAAAUUAAGCAAAGAUAAAGUAUAAAAAGUUUUUAAGGUGGUGUUAGAAACAGAGAGCUUGUGUCUGGCAUACGCACAGAGACUCUGCGGGACGAUGGUAGAGUCCGUGCUUUUGAACAGCCAGCCUGGGUGGGAGACUGCAGGGACGGAGAACAGAGGAAAAACAAAAUGAACUUCCUUUAUUUACCCAAAGCUUGUUGGCUAAUUUUUUUUUUUUUAUAGGCCUGGGAAAUAAACCCUUCCUGGAAAAUAAAUAGUAGUAGCCUUGGAAAAACAGUUUUCCUGUUUUUCCUGAGUUAGGAUCAGCGGAGCCUCCCUGUCGCCUUAAAUGUAAAAACUUGAUUUUGAUUAAAACCCCAGCAUAGGAGCUAUAGCAAUAAGAGAAACGGAAUCUAUUUUUGUUUCAAGUCCUUACCUCGUAUUGUGAAAUCAGACAGUACAUAAAUUUUGCCCCGAAUACUAUCACACACAGGUACAUUGUGCGCUCUUUGUUUUCAUGGUGAUAAUUUUAAAGGCCUAAAGAAAGUGGGGUUAAUUCUGAAGCUAAAUGUUUCUGGAAAUGAUUUUGUUCUGUGGUACAAAUAACAUCUAUGUAUGUGUGUCAUAUCUGUAUAUAUCUGAACCAAGUUGUGUGCAGAGAGGUUGAUAAAACUAUAUUUACAGAAAACAAUUUUUACAAUUAAAGUUCACACUUUAACAUGAAUA